AUGGGAGGGGGAGUGGCCAGUAACAAUGUACAGAAGGUCCCUAGCCAAGUGGUCUCCUACAGCACAUGGAGCAACUUCUCAGUGGCCGACUUGCAGAAACAAAUGUUCUGGUGUAUUUGCGAAGUGGCCGUGUAUUUCACCAAAGCACAGUGGGCUCUGAUGGAUCCAGAUCAAAAGGUUUUGGACUGGGAAGCCAUGCUGGAGAAUUAUGUGAAUGUGGCCUCUUCGGAUGUGUGGGAGAGAGAAAAUGAAAAGGAAGCACAUCCAUUGAAGAAGGAAAAUGAAAUGUCUCCAGACUAUAAGGAGAAUUUUGGAGAUCUAGAUGGAAAGAAAGAUCAGGAGGAAAACCAAACACAUAAAGGCAGGAACAAAUCUCAGGAUGACUUCUCUGAAAUUCUACGUCUUCAACCAAUAUGCAACAGAAAGAGCAAGAAUGAGUGUCCUGUCUGUGGGAAAAGCUUUGCUACUACGUCAAGCCUGAAAGUGCAUUGGAAUACCCACACAGGGGCGAAACCAUAUGUCUGCUCACAGUGUGGAAGGAGAUUCAGCCAAAGCUCAACUCUUACUUCCCAUGAGAGAACCCACACAGGAGAGAAACCAUAUAAAUGCGUGGAAUGUGGGAAAGGUUACAGUCAAAGUGCAUACCUUAUUUCCCAUCAAAGAAUCCACACAGGGGAGAAACCCUAUACUUGCUGUGAGUGUGGGAAAAGUUUCUGCCACAAGUCCAACCUUACAACCCACCAACGAAUACAUACAGGGGAGAAACCAUUCACAUGCCGGGAGUGUGGAAAGAGCUUCAAUCACAGCUCAACGCUUACUUCACAUCAAAGACAACAUACGGGAGAGAAGCCAUUUAAAUGCCUAGAGUGUGGGAAGACCUUCAACCAGAGUGCUCAACUUAUUAGCCAUAAGAAAAGUCACAUGAGGGAAAAACCAUUUAAAUGCCUCGAGUGUGGGAAGAGUUUCUGUUCAAAAAGAACCCUUGCUUCCCAUGAAAGAACCCACAGAGGAGAGGACCCAUAUGAAGUUUUCAAAGAUAAAAAGAGAUCCAGUCAGAACCUUUCAUCCCAUCAAAGGCAAGAGCAUGAGAAUUAUGGAUUCAGAUGGAUGAAUCCAGAUUAG